AUGAAGGAAAAGCGAAUCAGAAAAAGAAACAGCAAGUACGGCGAUGACGACAAUAUCAAUCAACACAAGAAAGUAUGUGUUGCAGUUUUUAUGCGAUCGGUCGCUUGUAAAAAAUUAACUCAUCAAUUUUGUUUCAGGCCAGUAAUACGUCGAUUUCCUCUACGGGCGGUGCGACGAAGCCGUCUGAACAGCCGUCACAAACUGUCAAUGACCAAGACAGUGUCACUCGACACGAGAAUGUAUGUGUUAUGCAACACUUUGAAUAUCACAUUACUUUUUUAUACAAUCGGCCGAUUGUAAAAACACCCAACCCUUAUCAAACUCAUCAAUUUUGUUUUUUAGGCCAGGCAAACGUCGAUUUCCUCUACGGGCGGUGCGACGAAGCCGUCUGAACAGCCGUCACAAACCGUCGCUGACCCUGCCAUCGACGACUCAGCCAAAGUAAACUUUUAUUUACGACAAUCGGUCGAUUAGAUUUCGCCAACGACUGUGAAUUUUUAUCUCCUUUUUUUUUUCACAUUUACCUUUUUUUUCUAGCUGAUCUUGCCUCCACUUUCGACGCCGUCUGCUGAUGAUACUGCGGUUGACCAGAUGGACUCUACCUUUACUUCUAAACACACGAUCACCGUACCUUAGCAAAUCGCUCCCCAAACCAUUCAUAAUUCGAUUUAGGUUCCCUUCAAGCACGUGUUUAUGGGCCAAGAAGGUGGCGCUUUGUUCCGAGACGUCAGCCACGACAAAGUCGCGUUCUUAAUCAACGAAUAUGGAGGCGACACGUCAGUCAAGGCUCUAGAUCAACAGUUGGCAUCCAGCUUGUACGUUUAAACUAAACAUUUAAUUUUCCUAUUUGACAAUCGGCCGAUUGUACACAUUUCAAUUUUGCAGCAUCAUAAUAACCAGCAAAGACACGCCGACCGAUCCUCUUUCAAAUCCGCCUCGGCAUUUCCUGGUCUUUGAAGGAAAGCCAGUCGAUGGUUAACAGUAAUAGUUUCAACUUUAAUAGUUUUCAAAACACUUCAGUCAAAAUACUGAUGUGCCGAGCCGAGGAUUACAUCAUCCUGAAGGCAGCUUCUGCGACAUUUGAUUCCAUUGUCGACGGCACUGCACAGCCGCUGCAUACACGAUUUCGGUGUCUGCCGUCUGAUCUGUUGAUCUCCAUUGAAA